AUGUUCUUUUUCAUUUCAAAUACUAACAAUACAUUUUUCUAUCUUUCUCUUUUUCUUUCUUUCUUUUUCUUUCUUUCUUUCUUUCUUUCUUUCUUUCUUUGCACUUUCAUCCAAAUCUUUCUUUCUUUCUUUCUUUCUUUCUUUCUUUCUUUCUUUGUAAUUCUUUUUAUUUUUGUCUGUAGGCACUUUCAUCCCAAUCUUUCUUUCUUUCUUUCUUUCUUUCUUUAUUUCUUUCUUUCUUUCUUUGUAAUUCUUUUUAUUUUUGUCUCUAGGCACUUUCAUCCCAAUCUUUCUUCCUUUCUUUCUUUCUUUCUUUCUUUCUUUCUUUCUUUCUUUCUUUCUUUCUUUGUAAUUCUUUUUAUUUUUGUCUCUAGGCACUUUCAUCCCAAUCUUUCUUUCUUUCUUUCUUUCUUUCUUUCUUUCUUUCUUUCUUUCUUUCUUUCUUUCUUGUUCUGUCUAAUGUUAUCUUUGCACUUUUAUUUCUCCCUCUGUCACUUUCUUUCUGACUUUGUAAUUCCUGUUACUUCUUUCUCCACGCUCAUUUUUCUUUCUUUCGUUUUCUUUCUUUCUUUCUUUCUUUCUUUCUUUCUUUCUUUCUUUCUUUGUUGUACAUGUUACUUACUUCUCUAUGUUUUUUUUCAAAUAUUAUAUUUGCAAUUUCUUUCUUUCUUUCUUUCUUUCUUCCUUUCUUUCUUUCUUUCUUUUACGUGUUACAUAUUCCUCUACGCUAUUUUUUCAAAUGUCAUCUUUGCAUUUUUCUUACUUUCUCUCUCUUUCUCUCUAACAUUGUUCUUUCUUUCUUUCUGCCUUUGUAAUUAUUGGUACUUAUUUGUCUACACUCCUUUUUCUUUUCAAUGUUAA